UUAUUCGCUUUUCAAAAUAAUGAUUAAUUAAUUGAAAUAAUCUUAAUUCCAAGAAAUAAACUCUCAAUUGAUAGUCAUCGGAUUUUAAUAAUUUAUAAAAAUGGGCAAUCUUUUCGUUUAAUGCAGAACAAAGGUAAAAAUUAUUAUCAUGUAGAUAGUAUUACGAAUACUCCAUGGACGAUUACGUCGUUUUGUUUAGUUUCUCUUUCUCUAGUUCGGGUGUAACAUCAUUUUGAAAUACUUUGGCUUUACAUUAUGAUAGUUUGAAUCAAUCCACGCCAUAUAUAAGAUGUAAUUUGUGUUUUAUGAUGCUAAGUUGAUAUAAACUCUGUGCACUGUUUAGGCCUGCUCACGCAAUUUCUAGUGUCCUUUACCAUACCCUGGACACGUUCAUCGGUUCGAUUUCUCCACCUAUCUUUCAGGAUGGAGACUGGGAUGCAUUAUAGUUUCAACAUUCUCUUGCACGUUCUAUUAGUGUCAUUAGUUUUACUGAAAUGUUCUGGUGAAGAAUUUCUACAAAGCGUUACAGAUGAAGUUUUGGCUGGAAAUUACACCAUCUACCACAUCAAAAGCCGUGGACAACUACGACUGGAACUUGUGUCACAUGAAGGUGAUGCUGAUAUAUAUGUCUCAGAUAGUGAAUUACGUCCUUCAUACGAAAAUUAUGAUUUGAAGUCUAUUACUUGUGGUGUUGAUGUGAUAGAAGUGUCUUCCAAAAUGAAGCGUCCUGUGGCAGUGGGUGUGUUUGGACAUCCUUUUUACAGGACUUCAAAGUAUACAUUGUCUGUGUACAAACUUCCCGAUCUAGAUGUGGACUAUGCAACCUUAGAUGCCUUAUACAAUAGUUAUACUGAUGAUUCAUCUGAAAAUGAGCAGGACUCGCAGAAAUCUAAUGAGGAUCACAUCUCUACAGAGGACAACCCUGACGAGGAGUCUACGCUGUGGACCAUUGUCAUAACAAUUUUGAAAAUACUGUUUGACAUUCUUGUUUGAAUUUUAUUUGAAGUAGUUUGGAAAGUAUUGAAUAUGUCAAAUAUAUUUGUAAGUCUCCCUGAUGGCCAAAUAUAAAGUACCCAGAAAAUAUGGAAAGAAGAGUGCUUUUUUAAAUUCUCCAACUAAUUUAAAAUUAGUAUAAAAUUAAUAACAAUACAUAUCUAUCAAAAUGUGGUGGUAUCCAUUUACAUUGAAGUAUACUUUUAAAGAAUUAUUUUUUAAAACAUUUAUCAUAAUGCAUUAUUUUUUUAAGGUAGAUAAAGGCAUUUAAAACACACAAACUAUUCAUUUUCCUACAAUUGUAAGAAUUGGCAGACUUCUUACAAAAUCCAGUGUAUGUUGAAUGUACAUCUUUGCAUCUUAAAUUAAUUUAUUUUAUUCAGCAAAAUUUCCUUGCUUGAGACUCAGCACAUGUAAUUAGAAAAAAAAAAUCAUUCUUUUGUUUCUUUUGCUUUCAUGGAUUUUGAUAGCGGCUACUCAUACUAAACAAAAAAGUAUGUAGUCUUAUUUUUAUCACUCAAACAUGUUUUACUAAAAAGAACAUUCUUUUCUUUGUGACUGACUUGAGAUUUCUGCCUAACAAUUCAGUUGAAAUUAUACCAAAUAAUCUUAUUUUAUUACAUUGUUCGCCAUUAGAGGAAUUUAUUGUUUAUCUUAAGAUACGACAAUAUUAUAACACCAUAUUAAAACAUGAUACAAGUAACCAUAUGUUCAACAUUUAUAUCAAUAAUUUAAGAAAAGUGCUAUGACUUGUCUUACCUGAAUUAAGUUUUUUUCCUUCAAAUAACCAUGUUGUAUUCCUUAUAUUUGUAAAUGUAUGUAUUUUUUUAGAUGAGUGUGUGUCAGUCAUGAGUGCAAGUAUUCCUUGUAUUUAGUCAAUGUAUGUAUUUUGGGGGUGAUUAUAUGUCAGUAUGUGUAUUCCUUGUUUUCAGUAAAUGUAUGGUUUUGUGAGUCAGUGUGUCAGACUUGAAAAAAGAAAAUAAAUGAAUGUAUUU